CGGGUCGCGUCGAUCCCACCCGGGCGUUUGGACGCACUUUUGGAUGCACUUGAGGGAGCGGGAUGCAGUCGGACGCGCUGUCGAUUUCCUGUCAGUCUUCUUCGCUGUGCUGGCGGUUGCUGUGCUCUUGUAUGUUCUUCCCCAUCCUCGCCAGUAAUCUUUUCGCCCUGCAACCACAGUCUCCCAUUCCUUCAUCCGUGCUCUCGCACUAGAUUACCACUACCCUGUGUUUCCAUUCUCAGCAUGGACGCAGACGACGGCUUCACAUGGGACGCCGACGAAGGCACCGACAAACUCCUGGACUUUGAAUUACACUCUUCCGUUAGUGUAGCCAACUCUCUCGCACGUACCCACCCAGUCACUGUAAAGCCAACCGUCCCGCACCAGGUGAACCCGCAGCCAGACGGCCGCCAGCAAAGCCCAACGAUCGCAAACGAGCAUGGAUCAACCGCUGAGCCCUCAACAACGGCGGCUCAGCAAACAGCGCCUAGAAAGCUGCUGGGAAAACGGGACACGGCGGCCUUUGGCGGUGCUGCUGUGCUCGCACCCGCGAAAAAACAUAUGAGCGCGGAAUGGACCCGGGCAGUGUACGGCGGUUUGGACGUACCGGACACUUUGCAUGUAGAUAGAGAGGUUUCGUUGGCAGGCGUGCAAAGCCAUUUUCCUUAUGCAUGCAACUCCGAUGGUGUUACUACAUCCGAAACAGUCGCGCACGGUCAACCCACGACACACAAAUUGCAGGAGGCCGAGUUUGAGUUUGUCGAUGAGGAUUUGUUCUCGUUUUCGCCUCCGGGUGCGAUUGAGUUGGGGUAUGAUGCUCUGGUGUACGGAGGAGGGGAUGUGCCCUGGGGCCGUGGUGACGGCCGGCAUGAGUUUGGGAGGGAUAUUCUGAUGCAUGGAGUUGGGAUUGUGCAGACUGCGAGUGGUUCCCACCGCCAUGGAUUUGGGAUUGGUGGCCGGGAGUGGGACGAUGAAGAGAUGGCAGAGGGCCGAGGAUGGUCGAGAGCGGUGCCUGGGCCUGCGGGUGCGUUGGAGCGGUUGUCACCGGCAGAAGCCGCAGCGCUCAUGCAAGGCAGCACAUCCGUGUUGAUGCCGAAACCUGUACCGCGCACGACAAAAAUUCAUCUCGACGGUCUACCCACCGACAAUCCCCACAGAAAUCAAGAUGCUGCAUUUGAAUCCGCCGCUGCCCGACAAGUACACCCUUACAUAACAUCCUCAAUCGCGUGGACGAACAUGGCAGCCCACAUUCCAACCGCCAUACCUCAUCUCCCACCCUCAUUCACCGCACACCGCGCCACAACCACAUCCCCACCCUCCCGAAUCCCCCACCUCAUCGCAACCCUCACAUCCCUACGCAUAACCGACGUCGACAUCGCCGUGCAGCUGCAAGACGGAAAAGGCGUGGUCGUCGACGCUGCGAUGCAUGCAGGGGUGAUGAAGACGAGGAUGCGAGCCGCUGACGGAGAAGAUGACGAGAAAGCGGUGGUGAAGAUGGGUGUGGGUGUUGGCGAUGUUUUGGAGAUUCGGGAUGCGACCGUCAUCACACAUCCACGAGUCCGUGCCCCGUAUCUAGUGAUCACCCUUCAGAACAUCGUGAACGUGUUUCCCGAAAACGGCUUACCGCGUCGGUAUAGAUAUGGAGGAUAGGGAGUGCUACAUAGGUCUAUAUACACGUACAUACGUACGGGUUCUUCUGGACGGAGCAGAAAGGCUCCGGAGGUGUACAUACCAAUGCGGAAGGAUAAUCUGGUUUGAAGCGCAUCACCUGAAGCCAGUUCUCUCCUCUGAUGUGAAUGUGCUAGUACUCUCCUCUGAUUCUCUGAAUGAUCGAAGUUUCUUGUUGGAAUGUGAC